AUGAAGUUCCUUGUUGUCCUUUUUGAAGUGUUAACAUAUACUCCAACUAAUAUAGCGUUGUUCGCGAGAACAAUUCCAAUUCUUCUUACGGACAUUGGAGAAGGUAUAAAACAAGUCACCGUCAAAGAAUGGCAUGUUGUGGUCGGGCAAAAGGUCGAUGAAUUUGAAAACAUAUGUGACGUAUCAAGUGAUAAAGCCAAUGUCACAAUAACUUCAAGAUAUUCAGGAGUUAUCAAAAAGUUAUAUUAUUUGACUAAUGACGAUGCAAUGGUCGGGCAUCCUUUAAUUGAUAUCGAAAUUGACGAUCAACAAGAAAUUGAAACUAAUCUUUAUCCAACUAAUGCAGAAAAUGUAUCACCAAAAACGACAUCUUUUGAAAAUGAAUCAAUAAUGGCAACUCCUGCUGUCCGUAGAUUGGCUCGAGAAAACAACGCUGUUUCUUUUGCACUUCUUGAGAAUCCAAUAUUGAAUUCCAUAGUCGAUGAAAAUGAGGAGAAUAUUAUUCUCAAUGUUGAUUAUGGGAAUCUACUAUUAAUAGAAAGAUCAUAA